CUCACGCUCAGACUCACGCUCGGGCAUUUCAACCCCCAGCUGCCGACAACUCGAACAACCGCAAGAGCGAUGCCGCCAAAACGACACGCUUCGGAGGAGGUUGCUGGCGGGCCUUCAGCGAAAAAAGCCAGGCCCGCCGGUCAAAGAGGAUCACAACAAGCCGUGGCCGCCGCGGGAGCAGCCUCAAAUGAAGCCCGAAGCAAAAAGUCCCACCACAAGCACCCGAACCCAUUGGCUCGCAAGUACGGCCAUCACCUGAAACAGCAGGGAGCGAAGGAAGGCGAUACAGCUGAAGCGUCUCUCGCAAAGCUGAAGAAGCAAAUACGGGACGCUCAAAGAACCUUGCGACGGCCUAAUUUGACCGCGACUCAGGAAAAGGAGCUGCAACGGAGGGUGAAGGCGCUGAACUUGAAGGUGGAGGAGCAACACCAACGGAGCAAGGAGGAAGCUCUGAAAGCGAAGUACAAAUACCUUCGCUUUGUCGAGCAGAAGAAAUGCGAUCGCAAAAUAGCGUCCCUCCAAAAAGAGCUUGCCGAAGUAGAUGAUUCGGAAGAGGGCUCGGACGAACAUCAGCAGAUCCUGGCGGAACUUAGAACCUACGAGACGAACGCAGCAUACGUGAAAUACUACCCACUGGACAUGAAGUACAUAGCCCUGUUUCCGAAGGAAACAACGACGGACACGCCUUCGGAUGUGAAGAGGGCGAAGAUAUUGGAGGCUAUCAGAGAACGGCUUGACAAGGGAACGGAGCCCAUCGUGAUCAGAGAGAAGGAUGUCUUUGAAGCGGAGGGCGCAGGCGAACAGAGUGAGGACGAAGAUGGCAGUUCCGGAGACGAAGGAAAGAAAGCUGGUGAAGAGCAGGAGGGUGGAGAUGAUGAUUUCUUCUUGGAUGGGGCUGAAGCUGGUGCCGAGGAGCGCCUUGAUAUCCCGCGAGAGGAUUACGUUCCUCCUCCAAAACCUGCUCCUCAGCAGGCACCGAAGAAUAGGAAGGAACGAAGGAAACUCCUGCAGCAACAGCAGCAGAAGGAGGAGGAAGCUGAUGCGUAGGAGCAGUCCAUAGCGAUUAAGAUAGCCAACGACACCCCGAUACCGGUUACCCCAUCACCGUUAGCUUAUACGUAGAUACAAGAACUUUAUCUAAAUUAACAUUAUCAGUUCACAUAUUCAAG